AUGAUAGCUCUUGGAGCUAGAUUUACCGAGCUGCCAGAGAGUCUAGUAUCUAAGAGACGGCAUUAUGGGGAUUAUUAUGCCGAGCAAGCACACAAACAACUUGACCUUCGAGUGAUCUCAAUCACAACAGUGCAAGAGUGCAUCCUUCUUGGCACUCUUUGCUUCGUCGAAGGCAAACCAGAAUCAGAAGCGCUAUACUAUGCCGCAGCAAAUAGGCUGGCGCAGAUCCUAGACUUGCCUCACAGGCCAGCUAGUAACGAGCUCGAGAGACAGGUCAACUUGAGAGUCUGGUGGUCGUUGUACAUGAUAGAUAUCUGGACAUCUAGUGGAUUGCGUAUCCCGCGAGAGCUGGACUUGCAAGGCGCCACCGAUCUUCCCAUCGAUGAAGAGCAUUUCCUGCGGCUGGCUUACGCUUCUCCACGGUCUGAAUAUGGAGCACCGGGGAUAUGGGCGGAGAUGGCCAAGCUUGCACGGAUCUGGGCAGAGAUCCAAGUCCUCAAUAAAGCAUCUGUCGACGGGAGGCUAAGCCCAAACUCCCUAAACCGGUCUGUGGACGAACUAGCCGCAAAUUUGGAUCGUUGGCAGGCAGAGCUUCCGGAAUUCCUGGUCGAGACUCCCGAGAAUCUCACGCGGUGGAAUGGGAACUUGAGGACAGCGUUCGCCGCCCUGCACCUGGGCUUCCACUUCUACAACGAAGUGCUAUUCUACCAGUUUCUAGCCAAGGGCGACAACGGAGGAAGGACUGCAGACGUCUCAAACUAUGCCCAGCGGUGCACAUGGCACGCGCUGGCGUUUUGCGACCUGCUCUAUGCCUGCGAGGACACAGAAGACUGCGACUGCCUGUACGUCAUGGUUGGACACAUGCUCACAGUGACGAGCACCGUCUACGUCCAUACCCUUCUCUUCAGCUUCGACGAAGGAGAGGUUGGCGAGGCGCGCACGAGGCUCGAGCGGAACUUUGCCAUCCUGACCAAGCUGCAGCGCUACUGGAUCAUGCUCGACCGGACCUUGAGCCGGCUGCAGGCCUUCCACAACGCGUGUAAAGAGUCGAUCGAGCAGAGCUUCCAGAUGGACAGCUGGAUGCUGAGGUUCAUCAUGGAGCAUGGGACCUCGCUGCCGGAAAAGUUCACGAAGCCAACUGCGCUGGGAUUUGGGCAUCACAGCGGCGCCACGUCGGACGGGACGUCUAGUACUGGUAGUCCCGUGGGUGUAAACUUGCAAGAAUGGUAUUCGCAAACGUUCGGGUAG